AUGACUUCAGUGGAUGAAGGGGUCAGCUCUGAUGAAGAAAGUGGCAAGCAAAAGCAUCUGACGAAGAAACAAGAACGGAUCAAAAAAUCUGGUGCGUUCAUGCGGUCUUCAUAUUUCUGCACCAGAUAUGACCCAAACUUUUUGCAGACUGAUGACCUUGAGGUAGAGAUAGACUAUGUUGGUGAAGCACCUAAAUUGGAUGAAAAUGAUCCCAAUUAUCAAUAUUUUUCCGCAAUCUUCAGUGCCUUUAAGGUAUCUAACGAGACUGAGGAAGGUGACAAGUUGAACGAUCCUAACGAAGAAAAAAUGUCCAGAAGGAAACUGCGUUUAGCUAUGCAGCCAAGUAUUGCAAAGUUGAAGGAGUCAACACGUCGUCCAGACGUCGUGGAGUGGGCUGAUGUAACAUCAAGAGACCCAUUCAUGCUGGUUGCAUUAAAGUCUUAUCGAAACACUGUUCCGGUCCCUCGACACUGGAACGCCAAGAGGAAGUAUCUUUCUGGAAAACGUGGAUUUGAACGUCCUCCAUUUGAAUUGCCCGACUUUAUCAAGCGUACUGGAAUUCAGGACAUGCGUGAAGCUCUUUGGGAAAAGGAAGAAAACCAGAACCUCAAGUCGAAGAUGCGUGAACGUGCUCGUCCAAAAUUGGGAAAGAUUGAUAUAGAUUAUCAGAAGUUGCACGAUGCUUUCUUUAAAUGGCAAACGAAACCAUUCAUGACAAUGAUGGGAGAGUUAUAUUACGAGGGGAAAGAGGUGGAAACGCUCAUGAAGGACAAAAAACCUGGGAAUCUAUCAGACGAACUCAGAAUCGCACUUGGCAUGCCUGUUGGUCCCAACGCCCAUAAGUUUCCUCCACCUUGGCUUAUUGCUAUGCAGCGUUACGGUCCGCCACCAAGCUAUCCAAAUAUUCGCAUAGCUGGUUUAAAUGCUCCAAUUCCUGAAGGGUGCGCCUUCGGAUAUCAUGCAGGAGGAUGGGGAAAGCCACCAGUUGAUGACUACGGCAAGCCUCUCUAUGGUGAUGUUUUCGGGCAAGAGGUCCAAGUGGAACCAGAGGACGAAACGCGCAUCGAACGUCGGUAUUGGGGAGAAAUAGGUUCAGACGAUGAUUCCGAUGAGGAAAGUGAAGCGGAAGAGGAAGAAGAUGCGGACAUUGAUGGAAUCGCAACUCCGAUGACAGAAGGACUAGCUACUCCAAGUGGUAUAACGACUGGUGUUACGGGAUUGGAAACUCCGGACACCAUUGAGCUUCGUAAAGGAAGACGAGUUGAAGAGAGUUUGGCAGGCGCUGAUACUCCAGCUGCAGCUUAUCAUAUUAUUCCUGAGAAACGAGUUGAUCGUGUUGGAGGCCAAAUGAUGGGAUCCACCCAUGUAUAUGACCUAUCCAAAAAGAUAGGUGUUUCUGAUGGUGGAGUAGAGGUCUCUCUUGAUCCUGACGCGAUCGAUCUCGAUCAAGGCAAGCUUCAAGAAAAGUAUGAUGAGCAGCUUAGAAAACAGGUAAGUAUAACGUAUUCAUACUUCUUCAUAUAG